GAAGAGAUAAUGACUGAGAAUACUGCCAAGUAAUAUCAGAGACCAAACCACACAUGACAGAAGCUCAGAGAACACCCAGCAGGGAAAUGCCACACAAGGCAUAUCUUAUUGAACUGCAACAAUCAAAGAUCAAUAAAUCAGAGAAGCCAGAAAGCUGCGAUAAUGUGAAGGUGGUUGUUCGGUGCCGGCCCCUUAAUGAAAGAGAGAAAUCGAUGUGCUACAAGCAGGCUGUCAGUGUGGAUGAGAUGAGGGGAACUAUCACUGUACAUAAGACUGAUUCUUCCAAUGAACCUCCAAAAACGUUUACUUUUGAUACUGUAUUUGGACCAGAGAGUAAACAACUUGAUGUUUACAACUUAACUGCAAGGCCUAUUAUUGAUUCUGUUCUUGAAGGUUACAAUGGGACUAUUUUUGCAUAUGGACAAACUGGAACAGGCAAAACUUUUACUAUGGAAGGCGUUCGAGCUGUUCCUGAACUUAGAGGAAUCAUUCCAAAUUCAUUUGCUCACAUAUUUGGUCAUAUUGCAAAAGCAGAAGGUGAUACAAGAUUUUUGGUUCGAGUAUCUUAUUUGGAAAUAUAUAAUGAAGAAGUUCGUGACCUUUUGGGCAAGGAUCAGACACAGAGGUUAGAGGUUAAAGAAAGACCUGAUGUGGGAGUUUAUAUCAAAGAUUUAUCAGCUUACGUGGUAAAUAAUGCUGAUGAUAUGGAUAGAAUUAUGACUCUAGGCCACAAAAAUCGUUCUGUUGGUGCAACAAAUAUGAAUGAACAUAGUUCUCGUUCCCAUGCCAUCUUUACAAUCACUAUAGAAUGCAGUGAAAAAGGUGUUGAUGGUAACAUGCAUGUCAGGAUGGGGAAACUUCAUCUUGUUGAUCUUGCUGGCUCAGAAAGACAAGCAAAAACUGGAGCUACUGGACAGCGCCUGAAGGAAGCUACAAAAAUCAAUCUUUCGCUUUCCACCCUUGGUAAUGUAAUUUCUGCGUUGGUUGAUGGAAAGAGCACUCAUGUACCUUAUCGUAACUCUAAAUUGACUCGUCUUCUUCAGGAUUCCUUAGGCGGAAAUUCAAAAACCAUGAUGUGUGCAAAUAUUGGGCCAGCAGAUUACAAUUAUGAUGAAACUAUCAGUACAUUACGUUAUGCCAAUCGUGCUAAGAAUAUUAAAAAUAAGGCUAGAAUUAAUGAAGAUCCAAAAGAUGCUUUGCUUCGUCAGUUUCAGAAAGAAAUAGAAGAACUGAAAAAAAAACUUGAAGAAGGGGAAGAAAUAUCAGGCUCAGAUAUCAGUGGGUCUGAGGAAGAAGAUGAUGAAGAGGGUGAGGUUGGAGAAGACGGAGAGAAAAGGAAAAAAAGAAGGGGUAAAAAGAAAGUUUCCCCAGAUAAGAUGGUGGAAAUGCAAGCAAAAAUUGAUGAGGAGAGAAAAGCACUUGAAACAAAACUUGACAUGGAAGAAGAAGAAAGGAACAAGGCUAGAGCUGAAUUAGAGAAACGAGAAAAAGACCUUCUUAAGGCCCAACAAGAGCAUCAGACUUUGCUAGAGAAAUUAUCUGCACUGGAGAAGAAGGUAAUUGUUGGUGGUGUUGAUUUGUUGGCAAAAGCUGAGGAACAAGAAAAACUUCUUGAAGAAUCUAAUAUGGAAUUGGAAGAAAGGAGGAAGAGAGCAGAACAACUUCGCAGAGAACUUGAGGAAAAAGAGCAAGAACGCUUGGAUAUCGAAGAAAAAUAUACCAGUUUGCAAGAGGAAGCACAAGGAAAGACCAAGAAAUUAAAGAAAGUUUGGACUAUGUUGAUGGCUGCAAAGUCAGAGAUGGCUGAUCUCCAACAAGAACAUCAGAGAGAAAUUGAAGGGCUACUGGAGAACAUUCGACAACUUAGUCGGGAGCUUCGACUUCAGAUGCUUAUUAUUGAUAACUUUAUACCUCAGGAUUAUCAGGAAAUGAUUGAAAACUAUGUCCAUUGGAAUGAAGACAUAGGAGAAUGGCAGCUAAAAUGUGUUGCCUACACAGGGAAUAACAUGAGGAAGCAGACUCCUGUUGCUGAUAAAAAAGAAAAAGACCCCUUUGAAGUAGACCUUUCCCAUGUGUAUCUUGCCUAUACUGAGGAGAGCCUGCGACAGUCUUUAAUGAAAUUGGAAAGGCCACGGACAUCAAAGGGGAAAGCAAGACCAAAAACAGGGAGAAGGUGUUUGAGAAUAGAAACUACUUGAAGUGUAUAUGGAGAAUGUGUCUCACUGAAAGGUAAAAGGAGAUACUUCUGGGUGAUAGCAAUAUCAUGAUCUCUUUGAAAAAUUUUAAUGAGCUUAAAAUAUCUCCAAAACAAUUUCAUUGCUGGAACUGUUAAUCAUGUGUUCUUCUGAUAGACAUUUAUUGAUGAGCAGGCACUAUGCUAGGCAACCUUAAGAAAGUCAAGGGAAUAUUGAGAAGAAGUUUUGAUUUAUUGACAAGUUUCAAAGGACUUAAAUGUGCUUUUUACAUAGAAGAGUCUCCUCUGGUCAUUUCAGGGCUUGCUGUCUUUACUUUCCCAACUGCUAGAUUCUAUAAUACUCUGACAUGUAUGUAGAACAGAACAUGAAAAUAAAGUUAAAGACCUGUCAUGGCAUAAGCAAAAUUGCUCACUUCGGCCACACAUAUACUAAGCAAAAUAAUAAAUAGUGCUACCCUAACACCCUCUCCCCAUGCCCUCCACUUGAGUUUGGAAGCCUUGGUUCUCACUUCCAUCAAGUAAUACCACUCAAGCAGACUUUGGAAACCUGUCACUGUCUAUGUUGUCAGGGUGCUGCAGAGGAUAUCUUCCAUUCCAUCUUCUUUGAAGACCCUUGAUAAAUCUGUUCUAAAAACAAGUAAUAACACACAACAAAGACUCCCAGGAAUCUAAGGAACAGCCUGGGCCUAUAAGCACAGAAAUCUGAAGCCACAGCCUAAACAUAAAGUGAGCUGGAGGAGACUUCUAAAAACAUUUGUUACAACAUUAUCUGAAUGUCUCAUUCUUAAACUAUUUCAUUUGCAAAGCAAAUAAGUAUUCAGUCAUCCUUCGGAAGUUGAACAAAUGUGUGGGAAAAUGAUUAUGAAGAGGCUACUUCAAAAAGAACCUGUUUCCUCUCAGCAUUUAUCUUAGGCUUCCUGUGACCCAAUCUUGAAGUUACUUUUAUCAACGUUAUCAGAACAUCGCAUUGUUUUACCCAAACACGUUUAUGACUAAAGAAUAUGAUAGAUCAGAUAUUCUUCCACACCUGCUCCCCUCCCCCACCUCUUUUGAGAGGGCUGGGGAAAUUUCAGUUUUUAAUCAAAGGCUUUAUUCUCCAAUUGUACAAAGGAAUUUAACUGGGACUUUACAACUGAAUAAAAUACUUCUCAGAGUUGAUACCAAUCUUAGCAAGAGGAUAUUGCCUAACCUCACUUAAAACUAUCAGAGUCAUUACAGAAAUAUUUAUGUUUGUCUUGAUUUCUUCUCCAAGAGAUAAGCCAGUUUGUCAUCAGGUAUCUGUUGAAAUUGUAUCUCCUCUGCAGUAGCUCCUUAUGUUAUACAUGUAUAUGGCUUCUGUAUUUACUGUGUACCUACACAGUGCUGAGUAGAAGGGCCUUGCAAAGUUCACAGCCUUCCUCAGGAGGGAGAGGCAGCCAGAGUGACAGCACAGCAUGCUGGGGGCUGUUGUGAAGGAAGGGAGUGGUAAGCUGCCAGGCACAGAUUUCUUCCCUAGCAGGGGAGACAUUGCCUGGCACCUGUCUACCUGACCAAAAGAUCAGAAAUGGUGUCUUCUCAGGGGAAGUGCCGCUUGAGGUAUGAGAGGUGUCCAAAAGACAUCCCAGAAGAAGUCACACAUCUGGAUUCCACGUGUCUUGGUGAUGUGUUUGAAGUAGGGCAAAAGGAGUACAGCGAGACGAGCCCAAAAACGGAAGAGAUAGACCAGGAUCCUGAUGUGAAAGAGCGUUUUGUAAACAUUGAGAAGCAUGGAAAUAUUUUAAGUGGGUCAUCACAUUGUGUUUUAGAGAAACAACUGCUGUGGCAACCAAAGGAUUAGAUAGGUUGGUGGCAAGCAGGUGAUGAGCUAGCUAGUCCCUUUCUCUCCUUGCUGGCUUUGACGUGAUGACUGCUGCCUAGACAGGGAACAAGUGUGUCUUUAUUCACGUUGCCUAGCAGGUUCACGGAAAUGCAGCCAGCACAUAAAACAUCAGAACGUGCUUGUGUGUGAUUUAACACUGGCUAACAGGAAACAAGAAAGGUUUAGACAGCUUGGAGACUAAAAGUUGAACUAGGAAGAGGUUGGCAGGAAGAAUGGAUUGAAAUAGUAGCACUUGAGAGAGCUAAGGAGAGGAUGUCCGGAAAUGUGAGGCAUGAUGGCUUACUGGGAGAUUUCCCUGGAACUCCGACUUGAGCUUGUAAAGGCAGAAAUCAGCACAAGACUAGUGAAGGUGCCUGCCUUUUUCUCUGUGGAAGCUGAUAGGGACUAAGAGAUGAAUCUUUGUGCUGACAGGCCAGAUUGUUCCUUGCUCCAUGAGAAUGCUGUAAACUGCCCUGCACCGAGAUUCUGCAUUUUCAGAUGAUGUGGGCAACCUGAGGGCAGACCAAGAUGACUUCUGGAGGAGGGUGAAAAAAAUACAGGACAGGAUCACUAGUAUGGAUACAGAAAUAGCCACAAGAGAGAUGCUUUUACCAGAGAACAGCAUUUCUAAUAAAGUAUAUUUCAAUAAAAGACAUUCAGCCAAAUAUUUGAGCAAAAUGAAAUGAUUUGUCGUUCAUUUGUUUAUUCAAUAAGAAUAACUUAAUGCUAACUAGAGAGAGGGUUUAUUCAUAGGUAAAAGGUGGAGGUAGCUGAUGGCAAGGAGCCUUUGCUGUCAGUGAUGCACGUUUCAUACAUAGACAAGUGUCAAGUUCCAUGGAGCAGGCAUGGACUGUGGCUCAGUGUCAUGAAGGAAAGUGUGAGAAGAUAAGCUUCUCCACAUUGCUUCAUCCUAACGUUUCAUUACGGCUCUUUCUUGGUAUCUUCCUCAGUCGAUAUUCUCUCACACGCUUGGUAGAUUCUAAAGAUUAUUUUUGGGCAUUUCCAUCCAGUGCCUAGACUACCUGUCUGGAAAUAAGUAGUCUUGUGAGUUGCAUCUUAACCAUAAAAACUUUUCUUAUGACAGAGCACCUAGAGCUUGGGUAUGUCCUUUCUGUGGCCCUUUCUAAAUCUUUCUUCCUCAUUGCCUUUCCUUUUACCGUCCUGGCCUCAUAUACCAGUUGUACCCACAACUCAUAUCCUGUGGCAGAUUACAGCUCACAUUAGCCAUUAAAUGCACAUGAGUGUCAAUCAAAGAAAAAAGGAAAUUAAAGUUUUCAGUGUGGUCUUAGAAGGCUCCAUGACUCUAUACUUAUUGCCCUUGGCAUAUUGGUAUUUUAUGUGGGCAGGGUGAAACUGGCUGUGGUCAGGGUGAGACUUUAAGCUUUUGAUUUGUUCCCUUAUUUUGAGAGGGUUAAAGAGAUGAUGCAUGUUUUAGUAUAAUUUUAGUACUAGUAUUAAUUUUUGUCAUGUGUAAGCGAGGAUGAAAAGAAUGCAUAUUCAGUGUUGCUAGAUCCAUAUUCUUGCAGAGAACAUAUCUUCAAAUAGUAAGUUUCAAAGUCUUUAUGGUUGGUGAAGACUAACCAUAAUUUAAUUUUUUGUAAAUAACAACUUUAUUGAGCUAUUAUCACUUUUAUAAAACUCAUCCUUUUAAGAGGUAAACAUUGGUUUUAAUAUAUUCACAGAGCUGUGCAACUAUCACCACUAAUAUCAGAACAUUUUCAUCCCCAUAAAAGAAACACUAUGUCCAUUAGUAGUAACUCCCUGUUUCUCCAUCUACCUGGUACCUAGGAACCAGUAUCCUACAUUUUGCCCUAUGGAUUUGUGUAUUCUGGACAUUUCCUAUAAGUGGAGUCAUACCGUAUGGGGCCUAUUGUGUCUGGCUCCUUUCACUUAGCAUAAUGUUUCAAAGGUUCAUUCAUGUUGUAUCUAUCAGUACUCCAUUUCAUUGCCAAAUAAUACUUUGUCCUAUGGAUAUACCACAGUUUAUCCAUUCAUUAGUUGAUUGACAUUUAGGUUUCUGCUUUUUUGCAAUUAUGAGUAAUAUUCUGAGCAUUUAUGUAGAGGUUUUCUGUAGACACAUUUUCAGUUCUCUUGACUAGAUACCUAGGAUUGGAAUUGCUAGAUCAUUUAGUGACAGUGUUUAACUUUGAGGAACUGCCACACACUGUUUUCCAGAAGUGAUUGCACCACUUUCCAAAAACAGCUAGGGUUCCAAUUUUCCCACAUCUUCAACAUUUGUUAUUAUCAGUCUGUUUUUAUUUUCUGUAAUUUUUAAAAACUUUUUUUCAUUUAUGCACAUGAUCACAUGUACAUGCAGGCACGUAUGUGUGUGCACACACACGCACACAGAGAUUUAAAAUGGAAAGCAGUUUAUACUUCGACUGAUCCUUAUUCAAGUCCCAUUCUCAACAAACCACCUUCCCUUUUUGUUUUUAGUUUUUCUGGUGGCUGUCAUAAUUCUUAG